AUGUUUUACAGUCACGAAGUACUAACGAAUCGUAAAUAUGGUGUGGCAACAGUCUGGCUCGUGGCAACGCUCGGUUCCAAGUCCAGCUUGAAGAGAAUCACUCGCAAGCAGAUGCUCGACGUUGACGUCGCGAAAGCGUGCAGGACUAUCGUCGACCCUGCAGCACCUAUGGCUCUACGUCUUCAAAGCAAUCUGUUCGCACACAACACCAUGAUGCUUAUGCUGCGCUCGGUCGAAAACCGCGCACUCGACUCUGGUGCUGGGAAGACCAGGCCUGAGCAACUUAUUCUCCAGGAUGAUCCUUCAUUCUUCCCUGAGUUCGCCCUACCGCCGCUAGAGCUACUUUCAGACCUCGACUUCGACUUCGGCCUUGAUAUUCCACGCUCUGGCCACUCUCAGUCAUUGACUCCUUUCGGUUCACGGCAGUCAUCCCAAUCGUCGCAUGUUGCCGGAUAUGGCCUGGUCUUGCCCAGCUCAACACCAGAUCGACCAGCUGCCGCUGAACUUGAAGGUGGAAAUGGUGGCCAAGGCGGUGAUGAUAUGUUCGAUAUCGACAACUUGUUGCGGCUUGACGAGCCAGACUUCACAUUCGGCGAAGAUGGAGACAUCAUCGAGUUUGCUCCUGGUCAGCGUGCGCCUGCGGCGCCGGCGACGCCUACUGCGGCUACGGCACCAUCGAUGCAUAGCUAUGCUGGGGCUAGUGCGAAAGUGAGACAAGAACACGAAGAGGGACUACAGCGUGACAAGCAGGGUCUAGCUGGAAAUCACAUGGACUUGGACCUACCCAUCUACAGAGACGAAAUGCCAGACGUCGAGGUUACAUCACCGGUCGUAGCCCAGCAGCUUAGUGAGCACGCCGAGAUUGUUGAGACUUCUUCCUCGGCCGCUGCGCCUAUGCGACGCAAAAAGAGAGCGGCCAAAGCUUUACCCAGGGAUACGAGACUGGAAUUACGCAAUACAGAGCUCUUGAGUUGGAAUACCAACUAUCUGAAGAACAUGAAGGACACAGCCAGCUCAAAGGUGCAGCACCGCAUACAGCAACAAGCGAAGAAGAACGCCGAACAUUACGUCUGGGGUGCUGGCAUCGGUGGCCUUGGACGAGACUCGUUUGGUGCGCAAGGCCCUCUGAAACAGUUCAUGGGAGACAAUUUGUUCCAUCUGAUGACGGGAAUGAGCAAGCACCCCAAGCCCACGCCCAAACGCGACCGCGAUAGUGGCGAUGAAGCCACACAGGAAGAGGCACUGCGUAAACGCCAGAAGACGGUUGAGGCAGAAGAGGAGCUUGGCCGCGGUAGAGACGACGAAGGGCUCUUUAUGCUUGGCGGAGACGAAGAGGUGGAACUUCCGCGCGAAGCAGGUUCUGCACUUGAUGAUCAACAGAUCUUCUCGGCCAUGCCAUGGAAUAUCAGCGCCUCCAAGCGUGGUUCUUCUGCAAUUCCUCUCAGCGGUCGUGUCGCCAUGAUGAGCGAACAAGGUAGGCAAGGUACUCGUGCUGGAAGCCGCAUGGUGUCUGCGUCUCCAUUGCUUCGUCGCAGUACUGGCCGGAUCGGUGAUUUCGAGGCCUUGCAGAGCUUGGACAGCGAUGCACUUGAUGGAAACGACUUCAACUACGCAGCAUCUACUUCUGAUGUUGCUGAUGCCGGGGAGCUUGACACGAAACCAUCACAGCGUGUGCGGGAGGCUUUGUCUGCCGAGGGUGAGAACUUCUUCGCUUUCGUCGCCGAAGCUGUCUCCGAGAAAUGCGCUCGCGCGCUUACAGAGUUGAACGAGAUGCCUGAUGCAGAUCAGACUUCAGCCAUAGAGGUCGGCCAGGUCACAUUCGAAGAACUACUUCCGCCUCCAGAGACAAGCAAGUUGAUCGCUUGCCAGGGCUUCUUGAUGGUCCUGUCCUUGGGUACGAAGGGAAUGCUUGAUGUCCAGCAGGCCAACGCUUUCGGCGACAUCACGUUGAAGCCCACCGAAAUGGGGAAAAUGAUGCACCCCGUUGGGGUCGCAAAAGGUGAUGGUGAUGAACAGGACCAUUGGAGCGACGAAAUAGUGGCCCAUCUGCCCUCAGACGCAGACAAAGAGGAGGACUCUGCGACAGAACCUGGCGAUGAAAUGGAAGUGUCAGAGCCAGACAACAGCCGUCUUAAAGAGCAGAUGGAAGCCGAUGACGACGAGCAUGAUUCGCUCUAUGACAGCGAUUGA